AUGAGUCCAAAAAACAUCAUUUAUAAGAAGUUCUCACGUGAUAAAUCUGUGAGCAUUUAUAUGGGACGCCGUGAUUUUGUUGAUCACUGUGACUUUGUUGAUCCUGUUGAUGGCGUAGUACUGAUCGAUCCAGAUCAAAUAAAAGGAAAGAAAGUGUUUGUGAUGUUGUCCUGCACGUUCAUGUACGGCCGUGACGUGGCGUACAUGCUGGGCUGGUCGUUUCGGAGAGAUCUCUUCGUGCGUACGCGGCAGGUCUAUCCUCCCCUGCAGGACCGUGAAUGCAGCAUCCACACCAAAGCUCAGGAACGACUGCUGCGCAAACUUGGACUCAACGCGUACCCGUUCUUUUUCGAGUUUCCUGAUAACCUGCCGUGCUCAGUAGGUCUUCAACCAGCACCCACUGACGAGGGGAAGCACUGUGCAGUGGAGUUCGAAGUGAAGGCGUUCUGUGCUGAGAAUCAGGAUGAUAAAGCUCAUAAGAGGAGUUCGGUGCGUUUAGCUAUAAGGAAGGUGCAGUGCGCUCCUGAUAAAGGCGCUCCGGCUCCCUCUAACGAAACGACAUUUGAGUUUAUGAUGUCGGACAAACCGCUGCACAUGCGUGUCUCUCUGGAGAAGGAGACUUUUUAUCAUGGUGAACCCAUUAAUGUGAGUGUGGACAUCGAUAACAGCUCCAGCAAGGAUGUGACGAACCUUACAGUCUCAGUGGAGCAGAUUACUAACGUGGUUCUCUACUCCAACGAUAAAUACACUAAAACUGUGGCCUGUGAGAAUACACCGGACACUGUGCCGUCUGGGACCAGUCUGAAGAAAGUGUACACUCUUUACCCCUUACUGAAACACAACGCUGAGAGGCGAGGAUUGGCUCUGGAUGGGAAGCUCAAACACGAGGACACCAAUCUGGCAUCUUCCAGCAUAGUAAAGGCGGAGGUAAUGAAGGAGAUUCUGGGGAUGCUGGUGUCCUACAGAGUGGUGGUCAAGGGCACGGCCGCUGGCAUGAUCGGCUCAAGUGAGGUCGCUGUAGAGGUGCCGUUCCUGCUCAUGCACCCUAAACCCGAGGAUGCUAAAGACAGUGAGGGGAACAUGGACCUGGUGUUUGAGGACUUUAAGCGAUCCUAUCUGAAGGGCGUGGUCGGCGAUGAUGAUGAAUCUGCCGAUGACUCUUGAGUCUCUGAUGGUCUGUUCAGGUGUAACAAUGUUAGACGUUUGAAUUUGUUUA